CAUAUUACUGGGCAAGUAGAGAAAAUAUGGUUCAAAUAGACUUCAAAAGUUAACUUUUAUUUUUAAAAUGUUUGUUUAUUUUUGAGAGAGAGAUAGUGCACAGGGGAGGGGCAGAGGGAGAGGGAGACAGAGGAUUUGAAGCAGGUUCUGCGCUGAGAGCAGAGAAUCCUACUCGGGGCUCGAAUCCACCUACCGGGAGAUCAUGAUCUGAGCCAAAGUUGGAUGCUUAAUCAACUGAGCCAGCCAGGGGCCCCCAAAGUUAACUUUUACAUCCUAUUAGUUUUUACUUAAAACACUGCUAUGUGUAAUGAAAAGGAACUAAUUCAAUAAAAAUGAAUUACUGGCUACUGUUCUACAUUUUAAAUGUAAUCAAAGGACAUAGAUCAGUGAAAAUAAUAUUAUUAAUGGGCAUAAAGAGACAUUUGUUUCUUAAAAUAGUAACUUAGUUAGAAUCCAAUAAUAUUCUUAUCACUUCAAUGAGCUUCUAAAGUAAAUCACUAUAAUUCUAGCAAGAAUUUCACUUACUAGAUAGAUUAUUCUAAUUUCAAUUUUCCCCACAGAAUCUGGAAGGGCACUGACAAUGCUAAUUCUAAAAGGUUUUGAAGAAAAACCUGUUCUCUUCUGUUCUGAUCCUCUGUGUGGUCAUUAGCAAAGUAACCCUUCUUGAAAUGCCAGAAAAUUUUUUUCAAUAAAUGAAUAAAUUAAUAGCAAAUGAAUUUCUUAUUCUAUUUUGGGCACAUGCAAAAUUAAGGUCUCACUCUUCACUCAGUCUCUCCCUGAACCAAGUAAGACCCACAAAGAGAAAAAAGAAAAAUAUGAUUAAAUAUGAUUAAUAUGAGUAGUAGAUUAUUAGCUAAAAUCAGAACAUGAGAAAGUAUUAUUGACUCAUUAAACAUAAUUACUCUUUUGGAACUGAGAGGGAUUCAAAUCCCACAUAAUACGUACUCAGAUCUCUCAAAGAGCUUACUGACUUACCAGUAUGGUAAGAAUAAUAAAUAGGAAGUAAAUGGAGAAGAAAAAUGCAUUCAAAUCAUUUCCAUAAAAAGUUGUGCCCAAACUAUAUUUUACUUUUCCCAGGCACAUCUGAAGUGGUGUUCAUUUUUCCACAUUGUUAUAUUUUUGCUGUAAGCAUUUAAUAUAUUUAGAAAUAGGAUAGCAUCCUCUUUUCAAAUAAAAUAUUCAAUAAUUACUAUGUGUACACAUAUUAAUUAGUAAGGCCUUAGAAAUGAUAGGUGCCCACAAGUGCUUCAUAAGUGAAUAAAUGCAAAUAAACACACCUUUUCCUUUGUUUUGAUUUUCCCCUGGGGUACCCUGUGUUUGUAGGACAAAUAAUUUUAUGUGGGCAGAUUUUUUCAUUUUGUGAUUAGUACAGGAAAUUGGCCUGGUAACUAAGGCCAAUCAUAUACAAAGAAAUUAUAUGUAACAGUUGAGUUGUGUUAUCUAAUACCAAGUAUACUGUCACUGUUUGGUGUUUCUAAAUGUUGAAAUCAAGGCAUAAUCUGCAUACUGGCAUAUUCAGGCAUAUUUCAUUUUCCACCAUUUUUUAGUAAAAUUAAAAAAAAUGCAUUUUAUCUCCAGAAAAUCAAGGGAAGGAAUACAUUUAAGCAGCAGAGAAUUCUGGAAUUGGUCAGGUCCAUCAGUACUGAGAAUCACAGUGGAGAACAUAAGAGACAACAGUACAAGAAGGUGUUAUUUGGAAGAUGGAGCUUCAAAGGGUGCCUGGCUGAACCGGUCAAGUAUUAUUUUUGCGGGAGGUGAUAAGUGGUCAGUGGAUCCUCGAGUUUCAAUUUCGACAUUGAAUAAAAGAGACUACAGCCUCCAGAUACAGAAUGUAGAUGUGACAGACGAUGGCCCGUACACGUGUUCUGUUCAGACUCAACAUACACCAAGGACAAUGCAGGUGCAUCUAACUGUACAAGUUCCUCCGAAGAUAUAUGACAUCUCAAGCGAUAUGACCAUCAAUGAAGGAACCAAUGUCACCCUUACUUGUUUGGCCACUGGGAAACCAGAGCCUUCCAUUUCUUGGCGGCACAUCUCACCAUCAGCAAAACCAUUUGAAAAUGGACAAUAUUUGGACAUUUAUGGAAUUACAAGGGACCAGGCUGGAGAAUACGAAUGCAGUGCGGAAAAUGAUGUGUCAUUCCCAGACGUGAAAAAAGUAAAAGUUGUCGUAAACUUUGCUCCUACAAUUCAGGAAAUUAAAUCUGGCACCGUGGCCCCGGGACGCAGUGGAUUGAUAAGAUGCGAAGGUGCAGGUGUGCCGCCUCCGGCCUUUGAAUGGUACAAAGGAGAGAAGAAGCUCUUCAAUGGCCAACAAGGAAUUAUUAUUCAAAACUUUAGCACAAGAUCCAUUCUCACUGUUACCAAUGUGACACAGGAGCACUUCGGCAAUUAUACUUGUGUGGCUGCCAACAAGCUAGGCACAACCAAUGCGAGCCUGCCUCUCAACCCUCCAAGUACAGCCCAGUAUGGAAUUACCGGGAGCGCUGACGUUCUUUUCUCCUGCUGGUACCUUGUGUUGACACUGUCCUCUUUCACCAGCAUAUUCUACCUGAAGAAUGCCAUUCUACAAUAAAUUUAAAGACCCAUAAAAGGCUUUUAAGGAUUCUCUGAAAGUGCUGAUGGCUGGAUCCAAUCUGGUACAGUUUGUUAAAAGCAGCGUGGGAUAUAAUCAGCAGUGCUUACAUGGGGAUGAUCGCCUUCUGUAGAAUUGCUCAUUAUGUAAAUACUUUAAUUCUACUCUUUUUUUGAUUAGCUACAUUACCUUGUGAAGCAGUACACAUUGUCCUUUUUUUAAGACGUGAAAGCUCUGAAAUUACUUUUAGAGGAUAUUAAUUGUGAUUUCAUGUUUGUAAUCUACAACUUUUCAAAAGCAUUCAGUCAUGGUCUGCUAGGCUGCAGGCUGUAGUUUACAAAAACGAAUAUUGCAGUGACUAUGUGAUUCUUUAAGGCUGCAAUACAAGCAUUCAUUUCCCUGUUUCAAUAGGAGUCAAUCCACAUUGACAAAGAUGCAUUUUUUUCCUUUUUUGAUAAAAAAGCAAAUAAUAUUGCCUUCAGAUCAUUUCUUCAAAAUAUAACUAACACAUAUCUAGAUUUUUCUGCUCGCAUGAUAUUCAGGUUUCAGGAAUGAGCCUUGUAAUAUAACUGGCUGUGCAGCUCUGCUUCUCUUCCCUGUAAGUUCAGCAUGGGUGUGCCUUCAUAAAAUAAUAAUUUGCUCUUUGUCUCCACCUAAUAAAAAUGUUUUGCCACAUCCUAUAAUUUGAAAGCAAAAAUAAACCAUAAUGAUAAAGUUAAACUAUAUCCUAUCUCUAAAGAAUGAAGGAGAUGUCAGACUGUAAAAAUCUCUUCCCUCCUUACCAGUGGGGUGUGAGAAUUUUGCCCCACCUAAACUCAGUUUUGCGAUGAAAAACAAUUUCAUUAACGUAGUACAGGUCAAUCUAUUACCGUGUGAAUCCUUUGGUUGUAGUUGAAUGUCGAAUCUACUCUGGGAAAUAAUUCCCUUUAAAAUGACAGCAAAGUCCAUCCAAGGGAUUGUUCAGCAAUACAGCAUCUUUUUCUUUCACUACUCCAAGCCAAAAUCUUCAAGAUGGUUGUCAGAAAGAACACAAAGUCCGAUCUCCUAACAUGACAUGAGUUGGUGAACACGCCAAAGUCAUUUGGUUCUGUGGCAGGUAAGUUGGUGUGAUAGAUGCGUGCUCCCGCACCCGGGCAUUUCGCACGUCUUCCACCUGAAAACAUCACUCAGCUGAGAGUUUGGGAUGCACGUUAUAUAAAAGAAAAUGUUCCAAAAUAUAUAAUAACAAGUAUUCCAUGCUGGCAUGCAGCAGAUCAAUCCCUGAAAUAACUAGUUCUGCAAUAAAAUCUUUCUCUGUAGCAAUGUCAGUUCAAAAACAUAAGGUCAAAACACAAACGACGACAAAAUGACCGUGCUUUUUGUCUUCUUACAUGAUAUGUGUAAGACAUGAUCAAAUGAAGACAAGACACCCGUGAUUAGAAUAUCUUAAGAUAUAUUAGUUAUUAAGUUAUCAUGAAUAGUUCAUUGUUUCCACCAUAAAGAAUGAAAACUACAUUUUUUAAGGAAAAUGGUGUUAUUUUAAGAAGUAUUAUACUACAAGAGUAUUUCCAUGGUUUUACUCUUUACUAAUGAAAGACCAUAGCCUUGAAAGCCAUUUUACAAGUUUGAUGAACUUACCAAUUUCACUACAUAGGGGGAUUUCUGCAAAUAGUCUCCUUUUGCAAGUCAUAUUAACAAUUAAAAAAAAAAAACUCACUAAUAGUUAGAUACGAGAUAUUUCAUGGAGGUUGUGCAUACUUAACAUACCUAAUAUUUUGCCCCGGAAGAAAUGGCUUGAAAAUCAUGAUUUUUUUUGAGUAAAGCUUAGCCCCAAAGUACGCCAUAAAUCUAUUUUAAUUAGAAAAAUGAAUCCUACAUGAGGAGGCAUAAAUAUACAGUGUUUCCACAAAAUGGCAAUAACAUGGCAUUAUGCUAUUAAAUUUACUCACUGUAAUUAUUCAUUACAUUAUUUUGACUGAUGUAUUAAAAACUUUUUUAACACACAUGGCAUUUUAAUUUUGAUUAUUAUUUAUUUGCUUUAUAAAAAUAUUCUUUGUGAAAUUGGUGAGUAAACUACAAUUUUUUUUUGUAUUGCAGCUUUAAAGUGGCACACUCCAUAAAAAUCUACUUACUAGAAAUAGUGGUGCUACCACAAAAGUGUUGACCAUCAGUACCAUUGUUUGGGAGAAAGAAACAGAUCAAGAAUGCAUAUUAUACAGUGACCGCUUUCCUAGAGUUAAAAAUACCUCCUCUUUGUAAGGUUUGUAGGGUAAAUGUGAGGUAAAUCGAGGUAUAAACUAUGGAUGAACCAAAUAAUUAGUUCAAAGUGUUGUCAUGAUUCCGAAUUUGUGGAGUCUGGUGUUUUUCCCAUAGAAUGUGACAGAAGUACAGUCAUAGCUCAGUAGCUAUAUGUAUUUGCCUUUAUGUUAGAAGAGAAUUUCUUGAGUGACAUUUUAAAUAGAGGAGGUAUUCACUAUGUUUUUCUGUAUCACAGCAGCAUUCCUAGUCUUUAGGCCCCUGAACAGAGUGAAACCAUGAGUAUUUAUGAGUUCAAUAUUGUUCAAAUAAGGCUACAGUAUUUGCUUUUUUGUGUGAAUGUAUUGCAUAUAAUGUUCAAGUAGAUGAUUUUACAUUUAUAGACAUAUGAAAUGUCUGAUUACUCCAUUUUAUCAGUCCUGACUGUACAAGAUUGUUGCAAUUUCAGAAUAGCGGUUUUAUGAAAUUGAUUUAUCUUUUGAUCUAUAACAAUUUUUCUAGCUAUUCAUUUCAGCGUUAUAUUUCCACAAGUUACAUUUGUGGGACUCCUUUUGUUGCCCCUAAAGUUUUUUUUUUUUUUAAGGAAAGAAAAAUAAAGAGCAGUUGAGAAAAGAGACUGCAAAGAAAAGAGUGGAGGUAAGGAGAGAGGGAAGAAAUAAAAGGAGGAAGGAAGGAGGAAAUGAAGGAAGGAAGGGAGAAAAUAAGGGAGAGAGGGAAGAAGAAUAUUAGGGUAGUUGACUUAAUUCAUUUGCAUUUUUGGUUUAACUGCAAGUGCUGUAAUUAUGUUUUACAAUGAUCCCAUUCGAAACAUAAGUCCUGUGACACCAUUAAGUUUCUAUUAUGCAGCAAUUAUAUAAUGAAAA